AUAAUCUCAAAGUGGACUUUUUGAUUGGCUGUGAAUCAACCUUAGUCGUUUUUGGAUGUAUCAGCAUUCGCGACAAUUAAACUUCGAUAUUGUCGCAAAUAUCUCUUUCACACUUCACAACUUCUGAUAUUGAACAUUCACGACUUUUACCAUUCUAUUCUAUUACGAUCUAUCGAUUUUGAACAUCUUUUGAACGACAAUCACCAAUUGGUUCGACAACUCAACUCGACAUCACCCAUUAUCACACUGCUAGCCCUAGGGAUAAACAUCGAUAUACUUUAAGAAGUGGGUAUCAACGAGUAUCAAAAUGUCAGGAAAAGCCGAGCGACCCAGUAAGCGUAUACGUAAACUCAGUACUGAUUCUGAGGGAGAUGGAGAAAUCGAUUGGACGGAUCACCGUGUAAAAGCUGGUAGGGCUGAUGCAGCCACCAACAAUAACGAGUAAGUCUUUGAAAUUUCCACUAUUCUCACUGUCGCAUUAAUCCUCCGUUUGUUCUUGGUAACAUGUUACUUUGCGCAAAUCUCCGUAAUUAAGCGUUACCUUUGAUCGUCCACUCUCUUUCCACUCUUCGAUUUAGCCCUCGUGUUGUUUUACGAUAAUCAUAUCUUGCGUUCGUCGUACAAACAAGGGACGAGAGACGAGGCAUCAGAGGAUGAAUCUUAUUAGCAACGUGGUUGGUCAGUCUUGAAAAGACAGGAUUGGGCGAAUUGUGUAAAAACAGCGCGUUUAUGUAUGCAAAUCGCCUUGCUCACCGGUCAUUCUCCGCAAUUCUAUCUUAUCAAGGCAGUGACCAGGCAGGCCCUUGCCAACUGAUUCACCAUCAACUGUGCUUAAAUCACUCCACAUCCUUUGCCGUAUUAUCAAUAGCCUCAAAAAGGAACAAUCGUGGAUCAAGGAAUCCAUCACGAUCAACCAACCUACACUCUCCUUCAAUUUGUUCACCUCGUAUUUGAUUGCUAUCUGUGGGCAAGAUGUCUACACGUCGCAGUCAGCGGUCGGCAGCUGCCAAAGCAAGAGACGUAAUUAUUGUUUCUGAACAGAUAUCUCCUAGGUCAUCACGAUCGCGUCGCACCAAUCCAGAGCCCGCCUCAACAGCCACAGUAUCACGUGGACCAGCACCUCCGGAAUCAAAAAGUCCAGAGUCAAUGCGUUUGACGGUCAAGACAUCAUCAAGUAAAUUGAGAGAAGCGACAAGGUCAAGCCCUAUCACUGGCCCGCCUGUUAUGGUUAAUAGCCGAGAUCAAUUUGUCGGUGGCGAGAUCCUCGAAGGCAAGAGAAACAGGAAGGUUAGGAAGAGUUAUGUUUUGGAAUCAGAGAGUGAAGAAGAUGAUGAAGAAAUGGAAGAUGCUGAGGGUGAAGAUGAUCCCGAUGCGGAGGGUGAAGAUGACGAUCUAGAUGCUGACGGAGACGUCGAUAUGGAUGUGCAACCGACUCCACCUACCAUCCAAAUUUCUAAAGCGUCGGCUGGAAAAACUAAAAUCACUGUGAAGGAGCCACCCAAAGUACCCACUGCUACUGUUGAGCAACAGGGAAUGGGGCUCAGUGAUGAUGACGAUGAACUCAGUGAACUUGACAGUGACUUAGCAGAAGAAAUCGAGGAGGAGGAAGUAAUGCAAAGUGCAAAUGAGGAAGAUGCAGAGGGAGAAGAUGAGGAGAUGGAAGUGGCUGCGGAAGAAGAUGAGUUACUCGAUAGUGAUGAUGAAAAUCCCGCAAAUGAGAGCAGGGGUUCUACUCCCGAUCUCAAUAAAUUGACCAGGAGACAAAGAGCAAGAUUCGAUGAUGCUGCUAGUGGAUAUCUCAUGGCUCUUCCCGAUGGUAGGUUGUUUUAUGGUUCCUAGUGGCCACGCGCUAAUGUCUACUCAAGAGGUCCAAGUGAAGAAACAUCUCACAGCUGAAGAGCAUGCUAUGAGACGUGCCGAAAUGGCACGAAGGAGGAAGAACCUUAGCGAAAAGCGUAAUGAAGAAGAGAAGGUAACCGCAUCCCAAGAGUUAUCCAGUUACCCACUUGGUCUCCUUUUCACAGCUAGUUCACCUUGCUUAUACAUAUUUAGAUGGAAACAAUCAACAAACUUCUUAAGAAGCAAGCACCCAAGACCAACGCUCGCCGCAAAGAUCUCAAUGGCCCCGUUGUUGACGCGACUCCGGAAGGAGAACCCCAGAAGCCGAACCCGCUUUUCGUUCGAUGGGUUAGUAAUAAGGACGGAAAUCGAAUUGGUGUACCAGAAGAGUGGAUGGAAGGUCCUACCGGUGCUUUGUUCCAGGGUGGAAUUAAGUCUAGCGGGAAUGCUAUGGGUGGGAAAUUGAUAGAGGAAGUCUCUUGAGUAAGGUAGGGACUGAUCAUGUAUAUUAGUGUUGUGGGCAACAAAAUCACGGGGUCUUAU